UUCGUUCAGCUUCACAACAAACAUGGCGUCGGGCGGCGGCUUCACAUGAUCCGAACCCUCUCUAUUAAGACAGGGUUUCUUUUUUUAUAUUAUAUAUAUAUAUAUUAAAAGAGGUUCUUAUUUAUAUUGUGUUCGUCCCGGUCUCAGGAUGGAGUCCGCCCCGUUUCCAGAGGAGGCGCCGGAGAGAAGAGUGAGCGUCGUCGGCUCGGAGCUGGUGGACAACUACACUGUCUACAUCAUCGAGGUGAUGGACGGAGAGCACAGGUGGACGGUGAAGCACCGAUACAGCGACUUCCACGAGCUCCACGAGAAGCUGACUGCAGAGAAGAACGUCGACCGACGGCUACUUCCUCCUAAGAAGAUUUUGGGAAAGAACUCCAAGAGUCUGGUAGAGCGGCGGCAGAUAGAGCUGGAGCUCUACCUGCAGACGCUGCUGCAGCUGUUCCCGCAGGCCACGCCCGCUCCGCUCGCCUGCUUCCUUCACUUUCACCUUUACGAAAUCAACGGCAUCACAGCAGCGCUGGCGGAGGAGUUGUUCCACAAAGGUGAGCAGCUGCUGCAGGCCGGCGAGGUGUUCUCUCUGAGUCCUCUGCAGCUCUACUCCGUCUCCCAGCAGCUCCGUCUGGCCAAACCCACCUGCUGCAACGGAGACGCCAAAACCGACCUCGGACACAUCCUGGACUUCACGUGCAGGCUGCGAUACCUCAAGAUCUCUGGUACCAGUGGUCCAGUUGGAACCAGUAACAUCCGGGAGAACAGUCUCCCCUUCGACCUGUCUGUUUUCAAAUCACUGCUGCAAAUAGAGAUCAGUGAGUGCAGCUCUCGGCAGAUCCGAGGUCUGUCUUCUCUGAGGUCGAGUCUGGUGACCAUGAGUAUCCACCACUCCACGGAAACUAUGAUGUCGAUCCUGGUCCCGGAGUCCAGCGAGUUCUCGCAGUGGGAGCCCGAGGGGGCGGAGUCCGGCUGUCCCGUCACUGCCAUUAUCCCUGUAUGGAGAAACAUGACCACGUUGGACAUGAGCCGCAACUGCGUCAGCACCAUCGACAGCUCCGUGAAACUGAUUCGUGAGGUGGAGUUUCUGGAUCUGAGUCACAACCAGCUGACUUCAGUUGAAAACCUCCAGUACCUGUACAACCUGGUCCACGUGGACCUGUCCUACAACAGCCUGCGGGUCCUCGAGGCUGCUCACACGCGUCUGGGCAACAUCAAAACCCUGAGCCUGGCUGGCAACCAGCUGGAGCGGCUCACUGGCCUCACCAAGCUCUACUCGCUGGUCAACCUGGACCUCAGCCACAACCAGCUGGCCCAGUUGGAGGAGAUCAGGAACAUCGGUUCUCUGCCCUGUCUGGAGAAACUCAACCUGUCCAGUAACCCAAUGUGCAUCAUCCCAGACUACAGAACCAAAGUCCUGGCCCAGUUUGGAGACCGUGCAGCAGAGGUUUGUCUGGACGGCGACGUGACGACAGAGAAGGAGCUGGACACUGUGGAGGUGUUGAAAGCCAUUCAGAAAGCCAAAGAAGUCAAAGACAGGAUGAGCAGCGGCAACAAGAAGAUCAGUGAGGAGACCAGGCUGUCUGCUGCUGCACCUCCUCCUCCUCCUCCUCACCUCUCCUCCUCCCCUCCCUGUUCCUCCUCCUCCUCCACCUCCUGCUGCUCCUCUUCUGCUGUCGCUCCUCCUGCUGUCACCUCCUCCUCCUCUUCCUCUUCCUCUUUCUCCUCUUCCUGUCCGACCCAGCAGGCUGUCUGCCCCAGCCAAGAAGUGACGAGCAGAGAAGAAGCAGCAGUUUCCCCAAGUGUCCUGCCCCCUGUGGACGCUGCACCUCCCCCCGAAAGCUUUAACACCCACACACACCUGCUGUCUGCUGAACACGCCCAGAAACAACAACAACAACAACAACAACAGCAACAACAACCUGCUGUCAGUCUGUCUGAACACACACACUGUGGAGCUCCCUCAAGUAUUUCUGCUGCUACUACCACUACUACUGCUGCUGCUGCUGCUGCUGCUACCACUGCUGCUACUGCUGCUACUGCUGCUGCUGCUGCUGCCAUGGCUAGUAUCGUCUGCUGCGUCUGCUCCUCUUCCUCCUCCCAGCCAGUUGAGACUAGUUGCCCGUCGUGCAGCGCCACCUGGUGUCCUCUGCUUCCCUCUCACCUGCUCGCCCUAUCCUCCUCCUCCUCCUCCUCCUCCUCCUCCAACAACAACAAAGACUUCACCACCCAACUCUCCCAGUAUCUCUGUGCCGCCAUGAAGGAGGAGAAGAUGAAGAACGACGAGCAGCAGGAGAGGAAGGAGGAGAAGAGGUCUGAAGUCAGAGAGGUCCCGUCCCAUGUGGAGAGCACCGAGGUGGGGAGUCCCAGCCCUGGCUCCAGGGACGGAUACUUUGAGAUGGGUCUGGACGACUCGGUGGAGGAGUCGGUGUGCUCCUCCUCCUCCACGUCGCUGGCCACUCCUCCUCCUCCUCCUGCGGAGGAGCCGGGUGGCCACCAGGGGGAGCUGCGUGAUCGUGAGCAGGAGGAGGUGCACAUCAGCAGGGUUCUGUGGUGCUACUGCCUUCAGGUGGAGCAGGAGGUGGAGGUGGAGCAGAGGAGGGCGUGCCUGGUGCUGACAGACCAACAUUUGGGACUACUGCACCUGACAAAUAGUUUCACAUGGACCAAUCAGGACGCAGACCCGGGGCAGAGUCCGCCUGUGAAGGAGGUGCUGUCGAGCCUGCAGAUGAACUUCCUGCUGCCGUACUCCCAGCUCCGGCUCUCCUGCGGAGGCGAACUCCCAGACUGCUGCCUCGCCUUCGGACUCCAGUCUGGUCCAACGCGCUGGUACUUCUUCUCCGAGGCCGAGCAGCUCCGGCAGACCAGGGCCGAGCUGAGAGCGCUGAUCCAGGCCGCCGAGUCUCCCUCUGACCCCGAGCCCCCAAACACUCCUCAACUCCUCCCCCGUUCGCUCAUCAACUCCUGGGAGCUGGAGGAGAGUCAGGGAGCCAAGGGAGGCUUCCCUGCCCACCUUCUUCCCUCCUCCUCCUCCUCCGCCCCGGACACCCACUCCCUCCCGUCAGACAUCAUAUCCCAGGAAGAAGAACCCGGCCUCCCUUCUCUCCUCUUUCUCACCCACCGACACCUCUGGGUGCUGAAGAUGGGCUUCAGAGAGCUGGCAGAGAGACAAAGGAGCAAUGCUGACCUUCAUCCCUCCUCCUCCUCCUCCUCCUGUUGCAGACUUGUCCGUGUGCCCCUUAGCUCCGUGGUGCUUCACCCCAGAGAGAGAGCUCCUCGGGUCGGGGACAGAACCAGCAACACCUCCUGCCCCGACCCAAAACACCACCAGAGGAGGAGUCACGAGGUGGAGCUGCUGCUGGGAAAUCAGAGGCUGCUGCUGCUCUUCCCUCUGUCCCACGACAGGAGCUCUUUCCUGGGAGAGCUGAGCCAGCGGAGAGCCUCUCUGGAGGGGCUCAAAAUGUUGGCCCUGCCCCAAACCAGCAGGCCCUGUCCACACCGAGGAGAACACACGUGUACACAAGAAUGUUUCCGGCCCAGAGACCAGUGCUGUUGUCCCAGUACCAGGAAAUCACACCACUCCAGCAGCUGGGACUCCUCCCAUCUCCAGCUGGAGGAGAACCAGCCGUCCCCCCACCUCCUCGCAGGUCUCACCCCAGGUCUGAAGCUCCUGGCUGGGCUCAGAGGAGAGCAGCUGUUGGCCUUCUUCCACAGAUAUAUAGCACUGUCGGAGGCAGAAGAGGUGAGACAGGUCUUGUGGCUGUCUGUGGUUCUGUACAAGUCUCCAGAGGCCGAGCUCACCUGCUGCCUGCUGCUCUCCACCGACACCAUCUACUUCUUGUUGGAAGACUCCGCCUCCACGCUCGCACAUCACUCAGUGCUGGACAUAACGGACUCUGGAGAUACAGACGUGUGUCUGUGCUGCUGUCUGUCCAUCAGACUGUCUGAGCUGCAGUCCGUCAACGUGGGACUGUUCGACCAAUACUUCAGAGUCGUAGGUCGUUCGGCCGACCACAUCGUGUGCUGCCUCAGCAGGGACAGUUACGGGACGGGCGUCUUCCUCCAGGAGCUCAUGUCGGCUCUCAGUCUGCAGCAGCAUCUUCCUCCGCCAGAGCCGUCGGAUCAGGACUUCUAUUCCCAGUUCACCAGCACAAACACAGGUAAGAUGCAGAACUACGAGUUGGUCCACAGCAGCAGGGUGAAGUUCAUUUACCCCAGCGAAGAGGAGAUGGGCGACCUGACCUUCAUCGUGGCAGAACGGAAGACUCCGGCCAGCGCGGCGGCGACGUCGACGUCACGCUCCUUCAACGUCCUUCUCUACCUGCUGGUUUUCCAGGUCCAGAUGCCCAAUAGUCUGUCCAGUCAAGCCUCCUCCUCCUCUUCUUCUGGCUUAGCCCCGUCCCCUGUGCUCCAGCCCAGGACCCUGAUCCUGACCAGCACCGACGUGUUCCUGUUGGACGAGGACUACAUCAGCCAUCCUCUGCCUGACUUCGCUAAAGAACCUCCCUCCAGGGAGCGGUACCAGCUGCGCGAGGCCCGGAGGAUCCGGGACCUGGACCGGGUCCUGCUGGGCUACCAGACGUACCCUCAGGCUCUGACCCUGGUGUUCGACGACCUGCCCGGCCCCGACCUGCUCUGCCACCUCACCAUGGAUCACUUUGCGGCGGGAGGGGAAGAGGGCCUACCCCGGCGGGGCGGCGGCUGCGGAGCAGCCAGCGGGGGCGCAGAGGGCGAGGUCCAGUGGUGCGUCUUCGUCCCGGGAGCCGACAGCAGAGAGCGGCUGAUCUCGCUGCUCGCUCGCCAGUGGGAGGCGCUUUGCAGCCGGGAACUUCCCGUGGAGCUCACCGGCUGAUUGGUCGACCGGGGAGAACGGCAGACAUCACCUGAGUGGCUGGUGGUGAGCUGAUUGGCAGGUGGAGCUGUCAUGUGACUGGGGUUCAGAGCGUGGUUGGUUUAAAGGCUUCAAAUGAAGUAGUUGCGAGUCCCCCCCCCGUGUCUGAAGGCAAAGUCUGGCUCCGCAGCAUCGAGGGGUGGAUACGCGACGAAUCAUUCAAAACACACCGUGCCAAUCGCAACAUACGGACGGGAUGAGAUAUGUCUGAUUUGAACAGCCAUCUGUGGAGCUCAGACCUCAGUAAACAGACCAAAUGACUCUUUUAUUGACAAAGUCUCUGCUUGACGCCAUGUUUUUUUAACUCCGAUCUUCCCUUGACUAAGUCGAACACAGAGGCCCGAGGUAAUACGAAUCCUUCAGAUAGGGGUGACGCCUCACACACAGAAAGUCACACACUGGGCCUAUCGCUGUGUAAAAUGGAUGUCAUUGUGGAUUUUUUGGAAAUUAAGUUAGUAGGUAGCUUCAGAUUCUGUUCUGUGAUCUGACAAGCACUUUGUUUGAAGUCUGCUGACUCCUGUAGGCUUCUCACCAGACUGGAGGAGAUGAGGCUCUGCUCACGAUUUCACAGUGUUUGGAAAAAAAUGAGGGUAAGUAGGAUCCAACGGACGCCAUGACAGACAGUAGUAAUGGGAGGGAUCCAAGAUCUCACAAGGAGCUGGAAUAUUGGGAGUUUCUGGCACAACCUCACCUUGUUAGAGCGUCUCACACUGAGCGGAUUCAUUUGACUGACAGACACUCUUGCACGAUGGGGUGGGGGCUGCAAAAAACAGUCCACCGGAGUCUGACUGUAUUUUAUUUAUCACUACCUUUAAAAGAAAAAGUAUUUCACUUUUGGUGAAUCCUCUUGUUCUGUUCCGUUCUUCAGAGUCGGAUCAGCUUCACCUCCGUGCGUCCGGUACAGAGAGACCGAUCUGGGACGUGUUAAGCCUUGCUUAGCACAAAAGAAUAGAAGAAUCAAAACUUCACUCCCAACUCCAUCAAAAGGGGAAGAAGUAAAAAAAAUCCAUCUCCACCAUCUUCAAAGCCGUUUUAAUUUAUACAUGUAAAGUUAAAAAAAACAAAAACCACUUUUAUAUAUUUCCAUUUUUACACAUAUUCAGUCUGAAACGUGAAUGGAGGAUUUCCCCAAAUUGUUGUACAGUUGUUUUAAGUAACACACACACACACACACACACACACACACACAUAGCUGCUCGGCACAACAUUUUAUUCCUUGCACAUAGUAAUCGAAGCAGUAUUACUUAACUGUAUAUUGAGGCUUUUUAAUAAUAUUAUAUUUCUUUUUUUGCUUGGGGACAGACGGAUGUUUUCAAACCUGAAGCAGAUUUUGUACCAAACACGAAGGUCCCGAUAUAUUUCCAACAUGGAACUUUGAAAUGUCUGAAACUAUUAUUAUUUUAUUUGUGUGUUUUAUGUUAUGUUAUGUUGUAUGUCAAGUUUUUUUUGUACUGUACAUUACUGUUGACAAAUGGGAAGCCGGCCUCUGUUGGACGGACCUCCCCGCUCUCCACCACUUGUUUUUUAUGUUACAUGCCAUUUUCUUGUUAAAGGGGAAUGCCACUGGAUUAAAGUGAAGCUGAAAACUC